CAUUUCCUAGAUUUUAAUUUAUUUGUAUAUUGUAGAUUUUAUGCUGUUGAGGUAGCUUUGGCUUUAUUCUUUUUACAUGAACGUCGUAUUAUUUAUCGUGAUUUGAAAUUGGAUAAUAUUUUAUUGGAUAUGGAGGGUCAUGUUAAGCUAACCGAUUUUGGUUUAUCCAAGGAUAAUAUAUCUGAAAAUGAUACAACAAAGACAUUUUGUGGCACUAGUUCUUAUAUGGCUCCAGAGAUUAUCUCGUGUGAACCGUAUAAUCAUACUGUUGAUUGGUGGGCCUAUGGUGUUUUAUUGUAUGAAAUGAUGGCCGGUCAACAGCCUUUUGAGGGUGAUGAUGAUAAUACCAUUUUCAAGAAUGCCAAAGAAAAGAAGGCUGUUUUUCCGAAACAUUUUACUCAAGAAUCAAUGGAUAUUAUAACUAGUUUCUUGGCUAAGAAACCCAAUAAUCGUUUGGGUGCUGGUAGAUUUGCCCGCACCGAAAUACAAACUCAUCCCUUUUAUCAGGGUGUUGAUUGGGAAAUGGCUGAAGCUAAAGAUUGGAUUGAUCCUCCCAUUGUGCCUAAUAUUAAACAUCGCAAGGAUAUUGGUAAUUUUGAUCAAACUUUCACCAAGGAGAAAACUGAUUUAACUCCUACCGACAAAUUGUUUAUGAUGAAUUUGGAUCAAAAUGAUUUCAUUGGUUUUUCCUAUAUGAAUCCAGAGUUUAUAACAAUGAUAUAAAAUUUAAAGAAAAUUUUGGAAGAAACAUGAAAUUUUGAAAAUGUUUAGCAAUUAUGAAAACAAUUAUGAAAAGUAUUUAAAGAAAUAAAGAAUUUAAACAAAAGUCAUGCAUAUUAAA